UCCUAUAACGAAUUCGUGGAAACUGGUACUUCCAUACAUACAUGCGAUAACUACACUUUGUCCGUGUAUUUUCCUUCGGACUCGGCCUUCUCGUCAGUCCACAGAAGAUAGCCCUCUUAAUGGUGGUUUUCGAAUAAUUCCAUUUUGUUCGUUAACUUUUUUUAGCCGAAGAAUCAAUUAAAAAAUGGCUGUGGCAGUCAGGACAUUUUCAAAAUUCACAGUCAGAAAUUGUGGAAACUUAUUACGUACUCAAGUAAGAUUCAAUUAUACAGAAACUAGGAAAAAUCUGAAAAUUGAUUCCAAUACCAAAGUUAUAUGUCAAGGUUUUACUGGUAAACAAGGAACAUUUCAUAGUCAACAAGCUAUUGACUAUGGUACCAAAUUAGUAGGUGGUGUUAGCCCUAAGAAAGCAGGUACAGAACAUCUUGGAAAACCAGUUUUCAAAUCUGUAAAAGAGGCAAAAGAUGCUACUGGUGCUACUGCCACUGUUAUUUAUGUACCUCCACCAGCUGCAGCAGCAGCUAUCAUGGAGGCAAUAGAUGCCGAAAUGCCAUUAAUUGUGUGUAUCACAGAAGGUAUUCCACAACAUGAUAUGGUCAAAGUCAAAAGGCGACUUUUGGAGCAAAGCAAAUCUCGUCUUAUUGGUCCGAAUUGUCCUGGAAUAAUAGCACCAGAACAGUGUAAAAUAGGUAUUAUGCCAGGACAUAUACAUCAAAGAGGAAAAGUUGGUAUUGUGUCAAGGUCUGGUACUUUAACAUAUGAGGCUGUGAAUCAAACAACCCUUGCUGGUCUUGGGCAAACUCUUUGUGUUGGAAUUGGUGGAGAUCCAUUUAAUGGGACAGAUUUCAUUGAUUGCUUAGAUGUGUUCCUCAGGGAUCCAGAUUGCGAUGGCAUUAUAAUGAUUGGUGAAAUUGGUGGAAGCGCAGAAGAAUCAGCAGCGGAAUAUCUCAUUGAACAUAAUACUGGAGGUAAAGCUAAACCAGUGGUAUCAUUUAUUGCUGGUCUUACUGCUCCACCUGGACGAAGAAUGGGACACGCUGGUGCAAUUAUUUCAGGAGGAAAAGGAGGCGCGCAAGAUAAAAUCAAUGCACUUGAAAAGGCUGGUGUAAUAGUAACAAAGAGUCCUGCGCAAAUGGGAAAUGAACUCUUAAAAGAAAUGACGCGUCUUGGUUUGGUCUGUAAUUAAAGAACACAUGCUGCUAUAAACAUAUGUAGUUUGCCUCAUGUGCAUGUAUCUUCAUCCAAUAAAUUGAAAGUAUAAGUAAUUCUGCAAUGAUCUAAGAAAUCAAACAAUAUAAUGCUCUAAAAUAUGCAAAUUUUUCGGAUUAAUAUUAAUGCAAUGACUCUUUAUUGAUGUGCAAAAUUGCCUGACUUCUACGCGAUUUCUAAAAGACAAAACUUAUGAAGAAAAAUACAUGAACAUUUUUUUAAGGAGCUAAAUUUAUUUCAACACUGUGCAGUGUUUAAAAAAUCCGUUUACUAAUAUACCUUUUAUUUUAACAGUAACAUCUAUCCAAAGAUCAUUUAGAAUGUAUCCGAAAGAACGUUAACUGCCGUUAUUCUGUAAUAGUUUUCCUUACCUUGAAAUUAUAAAUUUUCUAUGCCAAUACGACAUAAUUUUAAGAAACUGUUAUGUAAGUAAUUUUUAUUCCUAUUGUAAAUUAUCUUAAAGCUAUAUCUGUUGUAAUAAAUAAUGGAAAUUAUUAUAAUACAUACUCAUAUUGUAAUGAAAAAUAAAACAUUCUAUGAUCGUA